AAGAGCGCGCUCUCGAAGACUUUAAACUAAAAGCAACUAAAAUGUUCCUUUCCCCAAAAAGCGCUGCUUCGGGGACUCGUAAAAUCUCCUUCACGCUGCCCACGUUGCGUGUGGGCCCGACCACCACCCUCCCGUGCCCAGCCUCCAUCCGACGGCUGCCCGCCGCGUGAUCGACUGAUCGAUCUAUCGGACCCCGCGAUCCCGCCGUCGAUCCUCUGGCAAAGAGCUGGCGCAACGCGGUGGCGUCCGGAGAGAGAGAGAGAGAGAGAGAGAGUGUGAGAGAGACAGUUACCACCGCCACGUCGGUGGCGGAUGCCAGCCAACUUCACCCGAUUUGAGUACAGAGAGACCGGAGAGUUAUAGGAAUCCAGAAAAAGCGUUGUCGUCUAUGAGCUGCAAGACAGCAAGAGCCGUUUUUUCUAAAUCUCCGCCGCCGCUCGGAUCUCGCCGGAGGAUCUUUGCAUUUUUCUUCUUCUUCUUCUUCCUUCUGUCGAUUUGUUGUUUGAGUUAGCAAAAAUGCGAGAACUCGGGUGAGAUUUCGAAGUUUUCCUUCAAGAUCCAGUUCCUCGCCGUGGUUAGGGUUCCUCCGUUCCUAGAUCGGAGUCCCUCCUUGUUUUCCAUGGUGAACUGUCGCCAUUUCAGAUGGCCCUCGGCCUUCCUCCUUGCUUCCUUCCUCUUGCUCGUCUUCGCCGCCGGUGAUAACUCGACGUACACCCCCAGGGAUUACAUCCUCCUGAACUGCGGCUCCUCUGGGCGGGCCAGUGACUCAGACGGCCGUGUUUGGAACGGCGACACCGGAUCGAAGUUUGCCCCUUCGCUGGACUCCGCCGGCCUCGCGGCCUCCCAGCAAGCCUCCUCGGUCGCGGAGGUACCUUACAUGACGGCCAGGAUCUUCACCUCGCCGUACACCUACUCCUUCCCCGUCGGCCCUGGCCGCAAGUUCAUCCGCCUCUACUUCUACCCUUCCAACUACUCCACCCACGCCCAGUCCGACGCCUUCUUCGACGUCACCUGCAACAACCACACCCUUCUCAGCAACUUCAGCGCCUUCCUGACCGCCAGUUCUCUCAACUACGACCACCUCACGCGUGAGUACUCCGUCAACACCUCGACCGGCGGCGGGCUGGACCUCACCUUCACCCCAUCGAGCUCCCACCCAAAUGCCUUUGCCUUCAUUAAUGGUGUCGAAAUCGUGUCGAUGCCGGACGUCUUCACCUUAGGAAGUCCUAGCCUUUUCACCGGUGGACCUCCUGUGUCAUUCCCUAUAGAGCCAGACAUGGCAAUGGAGACGAUGUAUCGGCUCAAUGUGGGUGGCCAAUUCCUUUCCCCUACUCAGGAUUCAGGCCUGUUUCGCACUUGGAGUGAUGAUUCGGAGUAUAUCUUCGGGGCCGCUUUCGGCGUGAGCUACUCCAAUGACCCCAAUGUCACAGUUGCUUACACUGCCGGUGUGCCGAGCUACACCGCGCCCUUGGAUGUUUACUCGACCGCGCGAUCCAUGGGACCGGAUACAAACGUUAACCUGAACUACAACUUGACAUGGAUUGUCACCGUCGAUGCUGGUUUCUUUUAUCUUGUGAGGUUCCAUUUCUGUGAGAUACAGUAUCCGAUGACAAAGGUGAAUCAGAGAGUGUUCCAUAUCUACGUUAACAACCAGACUGUGCAGGAGAAUGCUGAUGUAAUCGCAUGGAGCCAUGGGAUAGGCAAGCCUGUGUUUGAGGACUAUGUUGUGUUUACAACAGGAAGUGGGCAGAUGGAUAUGUGGGUUGCUCUCCAUCCAGAUAUCGAACAGAAGCCAGAGUACUAUGAUGCGAUCUUGAAUGGUCUUGAGAUCUUCAAGAUUCAAAACAGCAAUGCUAGUCUUGCCGGACUUAAUCCGCCGCCGAGACCUCAGCCGCCUGUGGAUGCUAGCCGGAUUUAUGGUCGGUCCACAAGCCACAAGAGUAGAGCUGCAGUCGUUGCCGGUGGAGUGGCCGGAGGGUUAGUUUUUCUGAUUGCUGGUUUUUGUCUCGUGGGAUUCUGCAGGCGCCACAAGGCGAAAGGGAAGGAUGCGGGUAGCAGCGACGGGCCUUCUGGUUGGCUGCCUCUCUCACUUUAUGGCAAUUCUCAUUCGGCGACAUCAGCCAAAACAAAUGCUACUGGCAGCUAUGCCUCCUCGCUCCCGGCCAACCUAUGCCGCCACUUCUCGUUCGCGGAGAUAAAGACUGCAACCAAAGGUUUUGAUGAGUCCCUCCUCCUUGGCGUUGGUGGAUUCGGGAAGGUCUACCGCGGGGAGAUAGAUGGUGGGACAAACGUUGCUAUAAAGCGCGGUAACCCAAUGUCCGGGCAAGGCGUGCAUGAGUUCCAAACUGAGAUUGAGAUGCUCUCGAAGCUCCGGCACAGGCAUCUUGUCUCCUUGAUUGGCUAUUGUGAGGAGAACUGCGAGAUGAUCCUCGUGUAUGAUUAUAUGGCGCACGGCACACUGCGAGAGCAUCUAUACAAGACUCAGAAGCCACCCCUCACCUGGAGGCAACGACUUGAGAUUUGCAUUGGAGCUGCCCGCGGACUGCACUAUCUCCAUACGGGUGCCAAGUAUAUCAUCAUCCACAGAGAUGUGAAGACCACAAACAUCCUGCUAGAUGAGAAAUGGGUUGCUAAGGUUUCAGAUUUUGGUCUUUCCAAGACUGGCCCGAUGCUCGACCACACCCAUGUCAGCACAGUUGUGAAGGGUAGCAUUGGAUAUCUUGACCCGGAGUACUAUAGGAGGCAGCAACUUACCGACAAGUCGGAUGUUUACUCAUUCGGGGUUGUGUUGUUUGAGGUCCUUUGCGCGAGGCCAGCUCUUAAUCCAGCACUUCCAAAGGAACAAGUGAGUUUGGCUGAGUGGGCAGUGCACUGCCAGAAGAAGGGAAUGCUUGAUGACAUCAUCGACCCCUACCUGAAGGGCAAGAUCGCACCACAGUGCCUCAAGAAGUUCGCGGAUACUGCCGAGAAGUGUGUGGCAGAUAACAGCACAGAAAGACCAUCCAUGGGCGAUGUUCUCUGGAACCUUGAGUUUGCCCUCCAGCUGCAGGAGAGUGCUGAGGAAAGCGGCAGCAUCAGUACCGGUGUGUCUGAUGAAACUCCUAUGAUGAUUGGAAAUAAAAUUGUCGAUGAUCCAUCCAUGGAACCGAGUAUCACAACGACAUCAAUCACCUCGAUAAGUAUCGGAGGGCAGAGUCUAGCAAGUGUCGACUCUGACAGCUUGACUCCUAGUGCUGUGUUCUCACAGAUCAUGAACCCAAAGGGAAGGUGAGCUCAAAGGUGAUAUGGCGCAUCAAUCUUCAACAAGGUACUCUAGCCCUUUGCUUUUCUUUUGUUUUGAUAUUAAUGUCCUUGUUAACUGGAUUUGUUGAGUUUGCAUAGUAAUAUUAUUAGAUAUUGAGGUUUCAAGUAAUCCGUGGAACUUGAAUUAUCUUGUAUUGUGUGCUCUUAAGAAUGAAAUGGUCGUGUAACAAAAUAAAGAGGUGUUGGUUUGUUAGUAGAACUAGAAUGUUUUGUUAUGUUAA